UCUGUACAGGUGGUGCGAGAGUGGCGACUGCAGCGAAGCGAAAUUUUCACCUAUGACGGCAAGUGAGGAAUUUCCCACGUGCCGAAGUCUGGACGCUUUCCGGAGCUGUAGGCUAAGCUCGCGGCGUACGUCACUGAAAUGCGCAAUUGGUCCCUGUCAGUGAAGUGCGACAUGGUCAGGAAACAAGCCCGGAUCUUCGCCUUUUAAGGACCUGCUCCGCUGUCCCUUUACCGAAUGGUCAACAACAACAACAUCAACACGGUCAUCCUCCAUAGUGGGUGUGCACCACAGGUAGCGCGAAAUCGAACCACACCAUCGCUAUUCCCGGAAGCCGGGCCCCAGUGGCGACCGUCCAAAUUCGUCGGGCAUGAGCGGCGCGAAAGAUUGCUCGCCGACGGACAUGCGGCCGGCGGUGCGGCGGGCCCAGUCACCUGCCAGCGGUGACCCAUCGUCGGAGAUGCAGGGCAACGUGACCGUGGGUCACGGAGGUGACCACUGGCUCCGGCAGUCCAUCACCAUCAAGAGCAAGGUGCGAGCCACAGUCGCCAGUGUCAGCACGUUCAGGGUCCACUGCAAUACGGUGGAUAGCUCGUGCAGCGCCAAGACGGUGGUGACCUGCACCUCGGAGAGGGGCAGCUCCACUCGGUCCGUGGUGCAGCAGAGGAGCACCACCAAUGGCGGCCACCCCGAGGUGGUGCGUGCUGCGACGUUCUCCCGCGAGAUGCCCAACGGCGCCAUGGAGACUAUCAAAACCUACGAGGACAGCCGUACCGGUGUUCGGCAGCUGAGUGUGGGGCGCCACAUCGGGGACCGGGUCAGCCUGAGCUUCGUCUGCGGGAUGUUCAGAGACUUCCGCAGCGAUUUCGGCGUCCGUCAGUACAGCCGUGGUCGCUGAGAUGUCGUCGCCACCUACGAAGUCUUCUACAGUCAUUGUUGCGGGCAUGUCAGCAACAAAACGCGAAAAAUCGUUCCAGGCCUCAUCGUUCCAGGCCUCGACACUAAAACGCAAAAGCAACAUUCCAUCACGCCGCUGCCGCCGCUGCUGAAGCGGCGCUGUCAGCGGUUGUGAGAUGCGGACGAUUUCUUUGGCUGUCAACUCUCGAUGACGACGUGGCAUCUCUGGUGCUGUCAGCGCCUGCGAGGUAGUCCUGAACGUUUGCUGCGCCGCACAACACGCUUGUAGUGCAACGAAGCCUG